UUUAAGAAGCAGCAGCACAAAGACAGAAGCAUGAUGGCUGAAUUCAGGUGGAUCCUAUUUUCUUCAGUUCUGAUGCUGGUGUUUAGUUUGACAGCCGCUGUGAAAUAUUCCUCAGUGGGAAAUGAAGUCACUUUGCCUUGUGGGAAUGUGACAGACGAUCAGGAUAAGUGUAACGGGACGACUUGGCUCAUCAGUGGUUCAGCAAACCAAGUAAAGCUGUUUGAUAAAGGGCAGAUUGACAAAGCGAAAGCAGGCAGGCUGAGUGUUACAGCGAACUGUUCCCUGGUGAUAAAGAAGGCCACAGUUGAGGAUGCCGGUUACUACACCUGCAGACAGUUCAAAUCAGGAAAAGAUCAAGUUGCUCAAGUUUAUCUGUCUGUUAUUCACAUGACUGAACAUAAGACCGAUGACAAGGUGACGCUGUCCUGCUCUGUGCCAGUACAUCGACAGUGUGCACACACCGUGAAGUGGCUGUAUGAGGGUGAAGACGUGGAUACGGAGAUGAAGACAUCCGAGUGCUCAGCCGCUGUGACGUUUCCCACCUCCGACCUCAAGCAGAGGUCAAAGUCUCGUGACUUAUUCAAAUGUCAAGUGACUAAUGUUUACAGUAAAGAAGUGCAGCUGUUCACCUUCAGCCGCCCACCCUCAGGUGCUGAUGCGACAUCGGCUACGAUAAAACCGGGAACAGUGACAUCAACAUCGACUACAGGAAACCAAUCAGUGACGCUGAGCAGAUCAGAAGGAACAAACAAAACAUUAACAACAACUCUCUCUCCAGGUUGGUGGCGGUUCAUCAUUGUGUCUGUGGGUGUAGCAGCUCUCUUAAUAAUCAUCAUAGCUAUCAUCAGAUGGAGGAGAACUAAAGGCAGCAAAGCACAGAUGGAUGAAAACAUGGCUGGUCCUGAAGACGGCGUUUCCUACGCCUCCGUCAGCUACACCAAGAAGACCAGCAGUAAAGCCCCGGUUCGGGGAGAUGAUGGUGAUGGUGAUGGUGAUGGUGAUGAUGAUGAUGAUGAUGAAGGUGAUACAGCGAGCUACAGCGUUGUUAAAGGUUCCUCCUCUUCUGCUGGAGCCUCCACUGAUCCCAGAAACUUCAGUGCUGCCGUCAACAACCCAGACAAACAAGAUGUUACUCACUAAAAGCACGAUGCUGUUUUAUUUAAUGUAAUAACAUGAGUUACAAUCAGAUUGGUCAUUGAGUUGUUUCUUCUCUUACAGCGUGUAAUCUCUGCCACUGAACAAU